CCCGGUGGCGUUAAUAAAGAUGGUCUUAUUAACCACCAAUUGACAAGUGAGGAAUCAAUUUGUAAUAUCAAAUUUAGUCCAUUGUUUUCCUAUCUCAGCUGUAUAUUUUGAACUCUGUCAGUGGAUAAUGCCAUAUUGAGUGGUCUACAGUGUUCACUGGGUAAAGCGUCUCGCCUCUUGUUAUAAUAAUAAUAAAAUAAAAAAGUAAGCGAAAGGGUAAAGUUUCACGAAAAAUGGCCACAACAACAUUAGGAGGAACAUCUUGUUUUCCUAAUCCCAAAGCUGUAACCAACCCUCCCUUUCGUGUCUCCUCCACCAGUCACUUGGUCCUCAGCCGCCGCCGCCGCCGCCGCCGCCGCCGCCGCCCGUUAAACUCAAUUACAACAAUAAAAAUGGCAUCCACGGAAACAGAGCGUUUGGGGAUUAAGAUCGUCAAAAACCCACCCGAAUCUAAACUCUCCGACCUCGGUGUUCGCUCUUGGCCCAAGUGGGGAUGCCCUCCAAGCAAAUUUCCGUGGACUUACAGUUCGAAAGAGACAUGCUACAUAUUGGAGGGGAAGGUGAAGGUGUAUCCUGAUGGAUCUGCUGAAGAUGAAGCAGUUGAGAUUGGUGCGGGUGACUUGGUCGUCUUCCCCAAGGGGAUGAGCUGCACUUGGGAUGUCUCCCAAGCUGUUGAUAAGCAUUACAAAUUUGAUUGAAUACUCUGCAAAAACAUAUAUUAUUAUGCCUUGUUGCUGCUGCUGCCUGUAUUAGUAUCACCGUAACAUUCCAUAUUCCAAUUACCUGUAGUAUGUUAUAUUGUAUUUUCAAUUAUCAGCUCAUAUUGGCCAAAGUGAAUAUUUCAUACCGACUUUUUUAUUUAUUUCUCUAGCUCGCCACAUUUUACUCAUGAUUCUAGACAAGAUUUGAUCGUGCAGUACAACAUUGGAUAUAAAAACACUGCGUAUAUAUUUCCAUGCACAGUAAUGAUUACAAUUGUACCUUGGGAAUAACCUGGAAAUCGUCUCACAGAAGAUGCAUAAAGGUUGCUCAAGUUAAUAAUUUAAAAAUGUUGCCAU